AUGGCAUUAUCUCCUUCUGCGGUUCGGAUCCUGAUCGUCAUCUUCGUAGCUUUGGGCAGUCUGACCUAUGGCUACUCCUCGAGCAUCAUCGCCACGACCCUGGGCCAACCAUCCUUCAUCACGUACUUUCAUAUGGACACCAGACCCAACGCGACCGACAUCUCAGGUGCGAUCAAUGGCCUGUUCCAGGCGGGCGGCUUCAUCGGUACCCUGGUCUGCUAUCUCACCGCCGAUUGGCUGGGGCGUCGCAAGGCUUUGGCGCUUUGGUCGAUCGUUGCAAUAAUCAGCGGCGCGCUUCAGGCAGGCAGUGUCACCAUUGGGAUGUUCAUGGCCAUGCGUGGUGUCACGGGUGCCAGUAUCGGCGCGCUCGUUACACUUGUGCCCUUAUACCAGAGCGAGAUUGCUCCUCCGAAGAUUCGUGGACUUCUUGUUGGCAUGCACGGGGGCAUGAUUGGCACCGGCUACAUGAUUGCCAGUUAUGUCGGUCUGGGUUUCUAUUUCGUCGACGCCUCUGGUGCACAGUGGCGCAUUCCACUAGCCAUUCAAUGCGUUCCGCCGCUCUUACUGACUGCUGGUGUCAUGCUUCUCCCCGAGACCCCCAGAUGGCUUCUACUGAAUGAUCGAGUGGAAGAAGCAUUCGCUGCUUUCAAAGCCACUCGCGCCGAGACUUCCGAUGCCUUGCUCAGCGACGAUGAGGCUAUUCGAGCCGACUUUGAGCUCCUGCACCGGCAGACUGUGCAUGAAGUGGCCAACGACGUUCCCUUCAUCGAUUUAUUCCGCAAGCCGACCCUCAGAAGGAGAUGCAUCAUCGGGUUUCUCACGACUUUUGGCUGCCAGGCGACCGCCACCAUUGUGAUUAACAAUUAUGGGCCUUUACUGUACAAGGGCCUCGGGUUCGGCACUGUCCAGCAGCUCUUGAUCCAAUGCGGCUGGAUCACCGUGGCGCCUCUGGGAAACUUCAUCAACGCCUUGCUUGUUGAUCACAUGGGCAGAGUCCGAAUGCUCGUCUUGGGGUGGUCCGGCUGUGUCAUUGCCCUGGUCGGGGAGUGUGUCACUGUGUCGGUGUUCUCGAGAACGGGCGAGAAGGGGGCUGCUUCCGGGGCAGUCUUCUUCUUAUUCCUCCAUGUCGCCAUCUUUACCCUCUGCUGCGACGCCACCUCAUACGUUUACGCUGCUGAAAUCUUCCCUACUCCGGUACGGGCCAAGGGUCUUUCCGUCUCCGUUUCAGGCUUGUUUUUCGCAACCAUCAUCUUCACCACGGCGGCUCCAACAGCUUUCGCCAACAUUGGGUGGAAGUACUAUCUGAUCUUUGUGGUUUUGACCACCGUCAUCACCAUAUAUGCCUAUUUCACGUUCCCCGAGACCCGUAAACGCUCCCUUGAAGAAAUCCAGGCAAUCUUUGGCGAUGCGGUGGAAGGUGUGUCCGUGGAUGAUGUGCCAGAACAUGCAGCUCCACAAGAGACUAGUGAUGAGGACAAGGACGAGAAAAUCAAAGUCGACCUAAGCAAAAGCAAGCACGGUUAA